AUGUUUGCAAAGAGCCCUCGCUCCUUCCACCACUGGGUCAGCCCGCUGCUGCGACUCCUGCAGCUGUUCGCAGCGGUGUGUGCGCUGGCAGUGAUGCUGACAGCCAAGGUUGCCGGGAUAAGCUACUCGUCCUUCCACGCGUUCCGCUACCUCAUUGCUGCCAGCGUGAUCGCCGGAUUCUGGGCUCUGCUGCUGCUUCUCAUCGAUCUUGGGCUGCUGGCUGCUGGCAUGACGUCCCACUCGGCCAUCUUCAAGAUCCUAAGGAUCAUCGGAGACUUUGUAAGUUCCAUCAGAGAACUGAACGGGAUGCUUACCAUGAGGAUACAGGGCGCCAGAGCCGCAUUUAGAAUUCCUGUUCUUCCUGCUGCUCCUGCUGCUGUGGCUCAUGUGCCACUCAAAACCGUCUUCUGA